AGUGGAGGAAGCAGAUGGUAAAAGAGGUAGUGUCUAGAAUGUGAUUACUAGUUCACUAGUUGAACAAGUGCACAGGAGACACAACAUUUCACACAUUACAGCCUGUGUGUAAGCAUACACACCAAACGCCAGGGCCCAGCAUGUCUUUGACAGAUCUCAUAAGACUGUGGGAUGAAGGAAUCACUGCAGCAGACCGGCAAGAAUGGGUAACGGCACUGGACAGGUUUACUGCUAUUCUAGAGCCCACCUCCAAAAUCUGCUUCAACAUUGGCUGCCUCCUCCUCUUACUGGGAGAAUUAAACCAGGCUGAAAAGGCAUUUGAUAAAAGCAUCUGCAGGGAUGAGCAUUUAGCAGUCGCUUUCUUUCAACGUGGAAUAACUUUGUACAAAAGUGAAAAAUAUGAAGAGGCCUUGAGGGACUUUAUAGAAGCCUUUAACCGUAUGAGGGGGAAUCAGUUGAUUGACUACAACCAGUUGGGCCUGAGGUACAAGCUGUGCACUUGUCAAGUACUUCACAAUGUGGCGCUGGCACAUGCCACAAUACAGAAAUGGGACAAAGCUGAAGAGGCUUUAAAGAAAGCCUUAACUUUUAAAACCGAGGCCAAGCCCAAUUUUGUGGAUCAAGCUCUGGAAGCUGUUCUGAAGCAGGAGCUGUUUCAACUCAUACAGCUGCCAACAGGAGAACUCUUCAGGCCGAAGAAAAAAAUUGUAGCUCAACUGGAAAAGCAGGACUUCCUGGGAGAGGCCAAGGUGGUAGCAUCAAUCAUUGACAAAGAUGCAUUCUCUGGCUUCGCUCCCCUGCAGCCUCAGGCCCCUGAACCUGUUCCUCAAAAGAAAGUACCAGAAAAAUUCAAGACACUGGAGGGUGCACCUCACCGCGUGUUGUUUAGCUUCAUCCCAAGUAAUAGAUGGGAGCUGGAAGUACAGUCAGGAAAUAUAGUCUUCCUGCUGAAGAAAGGACAGGACAACUGGGCCACAGUCAUGUUCAACAAUGAGACGGGAUUAGUUCCCUACAACUAUUUGGAGCCACUGGAACCUGAAAAGGGUGAAAAAUCUCCACCUCCCAAUAUCCCAGCACCGCCCACAACAAUAGCUCCUGAAAGACCAGCCAGUGUGAAAGAUGAGAACUCAUGCACCAAUGCAAGUCAACAGGUGAUAGAACAUUCAAAAAAGAUUGUGAACAAAGAUCACCCUAUGCCGGUAUCUUCCAUUGUUAAAGUGCACUUCAAGUACACAGUAGCUAUACGUGUAAAACCCAGGCUGUCAUAUAGUGAACUGUUGGCUGUCAUCGGUAAGAAGCUUCAUCUUCCUGAGAAAAGACUUGGGCUGAGUUACAAGUCACAAGAGAAUGGUGAGCUCAUUUCCAUUACCAGUGAAACUAAAAUGAAGAAUGCAUGGAUUGAGGUCAGAAAUCAGCGUUUGAGCAUUUGGUGCAAGUUUCUGGAGGUAGUGGCACUGUAUGAUUAUGAGGUAUCUGUCCCUUAUGAUCUGGGCUUUCAUGAAGGAGAUAUAAUCCAAGUCUUAGCAGAAGUGAACAGCAAUUGGCUGGAAGGACAAUGUGAAGGAAACACAGGCAUCUUCCCAGCAACUUUCGUCAAAGAAUUAAGCAUGAUGGAAAUUCUGAAUUCGGGAAUGUAAAACACAUGCAAAUGUGCGCUGAUUUUGAAGUGGCCCCUUUCUCCUAGGGUUAUUUUAGAAGGAUUAUCUACAGAUAAGGUGUUUAGUGGUUUGAAUUUUUAAAAUUGUUUUAUCCACACUCAAAAUUGAUUCAACUUGUGUUUGGGCUUGUGACUACUGCCAAAGGAUUGGGAAAAUGCUGAGUUUCCUUUGAAUAUUGUGUUGUAUGGCAGUAUAACUUAAUAUAAGUUUGCACUACUCAAAAUUCCAAAAUUUCCAAAAAUGUUUGUUUUGAAAGCCCUUAGUUGCAGUCAUGAUUAUGAGCAAGAAACCAAAGUCUAGCUGCUCUACUCAUUCUGUUCUCAAGUGACUAAAAAAAAAUCUAAUUACAAUUUUUAAUUUGAGGGAAUCGUGAAGUAGAUUCCAAAACAUUAUAUAUUAUUUGUAGUAACUUUAUAUAAAUGAACCCAUAAUGGAUCAGAUUAAUUGGUUUUGCUCUCUCAUUCAUGAGUUGUUGAUUGCUUACUUAGCAAUGAGAGUAUUUUUCUCACUGCAAAAGACGAACAGGUUUACAGCAUCCAGCAUCACCUACCUGUCCUUUUCAUGACUGAUCACAUUGGCCAUCUUCCCUGAUUCAAACUACUAAGUGAAUGAAAUUAUUAGAAAAAUCCUAUAAUUCCAAUUUUUUUUUCUGUUAGCAAAAGGUUAACAAUGCAUUUCGAUUUUGCAAGCAUACAGAGUAAACUGUAGUUCCUUGUAUUCUCUAUGUUAAAGAAGGUGGUCCAGGAUAUUCAAAUUUAUUGACAGUCAGUUUCUUUGACACUGUAUUAAAUAAAAAUUGGGCAGGUCAAGACAACUUGUUCUGAAAUUCAGGGCUGUUGCUAAAGUACUAACAUGACUUGUUUCAGAGACAGCAACAGGUUUAUACCAACAAUCGUACCUAAUGUCUUCCCUUUAUGUGUGGCUACAGAUAUUGAUAAUGCUUUUUUUCUCCCCAAAGUCAUGACUACAAAAAGUACAACCAAAAUGUUAUAAAUCCAUUUCUCAGCCUUAUGAGCUCCAUCCUUCUCCCUAUUAACUGUCUGAGGCUGAACCAUGGUUCAUAACCUUGGUGUCAUAUUUGGCCCCAAGAUGAGCUUCCAACCUCAUAUCCACACCAUCACUAAAAUUGCCUAUUUCCACCUCCCUAACAUCACUCGCCUCAACUUAUUUGCUGCUGAAUUUCCCAUCCAUGCCUGUUACCUCUAGACUUGACUAUUCCAAAACAGUCCUGAUCAGCCUCCCAUCUUCCAUAAUGAAAGCUUCAUUAUUCAAAACUCUGCCUGUGUCGUAUCUUGCAUCUAGUUCCAUCCGCUAAUGUACAAAGGGUCCCAGUUAAACAACUGCUCAAUUUUAAAAUUCUCAUCCUGGUUUUCAAAUUUCUCUACAACUGUGUCCUCACCACCCUGCCCCCUUUUCUCUGUAGCCACCUCCAACUUUACAACUUUUAAUGUGUUUCACCAAUUCUGGUCACUUGCGCAUCCUUAAUUUUAAUUGCACCAGCAUUGGCGCCAAGGCCCUAACCUCUGGAAUUCCCUCCUUAAAACUCAUUUCUCAUUUAAAACACUCAUUAAAAACCUACCUUGUUUGACCAAGUUUUUGAUCAUCUGCCUUAAGAUCUCAUUAAGUGGUUUGGUGUUAAAUUUUAAAGUUUUAUAUGGGUACAGCAGAGGCCAUUCAGCCACUCAUGUCAUGUCAACUUAACUCUCUGAAAGAGGAACUCGGCAAGUCCCACCUUUCUGCCUUUUCCCUAUAGGCUUCCAAAUUUUCAUCUUCAGAUAAUUAUCCAAUUCCCUUUUGAAAGCAUGAUUCAAUGUGCCUCCUACCACACACUCAGGCAGUGUAUUCCAGAUCCUAACCAUUCGUUGCUUCAUGUUAUCUUCAAUUCUUUUGUCAUCACUUUAAAUCGGUGUUCUCUGAUUCUCGACUCUUCCAUCCCACUAUACUCUAUCCAGAUCCCUCAUGUUUUUGAACACCUCUAUCAAAUCCCUCAACCUGUUUUGACAGCAGCCACAGCUUCUCUAAACUAUUCACAUGACCUCAUCCCUGGAGCCCUUCUCAACUUUUUCUGCACACUCAGAUUCAAAGCCUUCACAUCCUUCCUGAAGUGUGGCACCCAGAAUUUGAAACAAAACUCCAGUUGAGACUAAACCAUCCUUUUAUAAAGGUUCACCCACAACUUCCUUGUUUCUUUAUUUAACUCCUCUAUUUAUAAAUCCUAGGAUGCUUUAACAACUGUUUUCUCAACCUGCACCUUCAAUGAUUUGUGCACAUAUACUCCUAGGUCCCUCUGCUCCUGCACCCCUUUUAGAAUUGUACCCUUGAUUUUAUAUUGCCUCUUGUUUGAUAAUACUCCCUUUAAGUACCUUGGGACAUUUUACUACAUUAAAGGCACCAUAUAAAUACAAUCUGUUUUGGAAUUCUGUCAGUUUUGUCCUCUUUGUUCCCGUUUUCCUAUAGCUUUAAUAAUGUUACACAAAUAGAUGUUGAAGAUUCCAACAGAUUUUGCAGUCUGCAUUACAUUUUCUGCUUGCGUUUUUUUCAGUAAUGUUAACACUAUCAGCCAAUGCAAAGCAAUAUUAAUGCUGAGGAUCACUGCAAGUAGGUUGUACAGUAUCUAAACCCUUGCGCCACUUAAUGGCUCUCUGGACUGCAUUCAUGUUUUUAAGAAGAUGUGCAAACUCAAAGAACUGGCUAAACAAACGUUAUUCAUGGUGUCAAAUUUCACUAUUCUGUAAUCAAAUAUAUUAAAUUUCAACACAUUUGGUUAUUCAAAUCAUUGCUGAGCUUUACAAGCCUCAUGUGAUUUUUUGGAAUGCUUUUUUUUAAAGAAUAAGUUACUUCUGCUGGCAAAAUAUAGUGCCUUUCACGAGCUCAGAACAUCCUAAAGUUCCUAACAGUCAAUUAAGUAUACUUGAAGUGUAGUCACUAUUGUAAUGCAGGAAACAUGACAGCCAAUUUGCAGACAGCAAUCUCCCUCAAACAGCAAUUUAAAAACAAUCAUGUUGCUUUUAAAAAGUGAUGUUGAUUGAGGAUGAAAAUUGGCCAGGACACUCCUGUCUAAAAUUGUGCCUUUGAAUCCACCUGAGAAUGCAGACGGACUUCGGUUUAACAUCUCAUAUGAAAGACAGCACCUCCAGCAGUCCAGCACUCCCUCAGUACUAUACUGAAGUAUCAAUCUAGAUUUUUGUGCUCAAGUCCCAGAGUGGGACCCACAACAUUCUGACUCAGGUAGAGUGCUACCAACUGAGUCACAGCUGAAAUAAAGUUCAUGAGCUACUAGUUUUGGUACUUCAACCAAGUGACCAUCCUUUAUGUAUGUCAGGAGGAUAUAAUAAUUUUCAUGUUAUUGGAAUCUAUUGUAGAGUAAUAAUUGGGUCUGUAUCUAUGGUCUGUGUGGAGGGAGGGGGAACUUAAUUGAAUUAAGGACAGCUGGUCUGAAGGCUUUGAUGUAAUAAGACAAGCUAGGUUUGAAAUACUAAAUAAGUAAACACAGGUGAAGUUUUAGAAUGUGAGGUAUA